UUUGUGUACGAAUGUCAUGUCAACAAUAUUGCAAAUUAAAACGAAAAUAUUAAUGAAAGCAAUAAUUUGAAUAACUAAUAAGUUAAUUCAGAUUUUAAACCAUGCGUUGGGGUGAAUCUGAGACUAGGUUGUUCGUUAAAUUAUAUCUUGACCAUAAAUGCUUGUGGAAUAGUGAACAUGACGACUACAAAAUCAAGCAUAAAAGGCAAGCAGCAUACCGAGAAAUAGUUUCCAAAUUUCAUGCUAUAACCAAUAUAUUACUUCACGAAAGGGAAGUAGUAUUAAAGAUAAGGAGUUUAAAAUCGACGUACAGCCAAGAAAUAGCGAAAAUUAGAGCUCGUUCAUCCCCUGGUGCGCCGUAUAUGACGAAGCUGGGAUGGUUUAAAGACUGGGACAAAUGCUUUCGUAUAUCAAGAAGGAAACAACUUGGAAUGACAUCCUCAUGUGAUGAAGCACCAGAAGUCGAUACCGAAACGGAAGAUUCCUCCCAAAGGAUAUGGUUUAGCGAAGAGAUUGAUAAUUGUGAAAACAACUCUGAAACUGAAAAAGAUCCUUUCAUUUCCCCCACAGAUGACGAUUAUGUUUUAUUGUUGAAGUCUGAGCCAGUGGACGAGGAACAUACUGAAUCACCGUAUAAAAGGAAAAAAUAUAAAAGAAAUAGCACAAGUUCCGAAUGCUCCAAGGACAUAGUGGAAAGCAAAUAUGAAGGGAAAGAGGAUGAGUUUGAUAUCUAUGGUAAAUACAUAGCGUCACAAUUAAGAAAUAUGGAUAUUGCAACAGCUCUAAAAGCACAGCUUCAAAUACAAAGUAUUGUUAGUGAAGCUAGAAUAGAAUCAUUAACAGAAAAGAAAUAGAGUAUGACGUUAAAACAACUUCUUGAAUCAGCUGGAAACUGACAAAAAGAUAAACUUUAUUGCAAAAGACUAUGAGAAAAUGUCUAUGAAAAGUGAAUAAGGUGUUCUAAAUUAUUAAAAAAAAACCUCAUUUGCAAGUCUGAUUUUUUAUUGCUGUUACAGCAUCUCUUUAUAAUACAAACAAACAUCGCUUACAUUUCACUAGUGAAAAUUCAGAUCUUUCUGCUUGUACCAAUUGUUCCUACAUCUUUUGUCACCAGAAACAUGUUCAUGAAAAAAUAUAGUGUCCGUGCUGCCGACAGC